UAAUGCCCCCACCUCAUCAGCACUUCACUCUUAUAAAAUGAACUUUCACCCAAUCUUCUUUUUUCUAUGCUCAUAAAGGAGUACUGAAAUUCUCAAGUAUUUCGUAUUGCUUACAAUUUAAUUAUAGGUAGCUAGAAAAUGAGCAUAAUGCUUCUUAAAUCUAUAUUCUCUUCUUCUUUUUUCCUAGUUUUCUUCACAGUUCACUGUUUAGCAGCCAGUAAUUCCAAGUCCAAGCUCCAUCCAGCAGAAGUGAAAGCAUUGAAAGAGAUAGCCAAAAAGCUUGGGAAAAGAGAUUGGGAUUUUGACAAGGAUCCUUGCAGUGGAGAAGGGAAUUGGAGUGUUGCAGUUACUGUUAAAGGACUUGAGAGUUCUGUUGCUUGUGAUUGCUCUUUUAACAACAAUUCGACCUGUCAUAUUACCUCCAUAGCUCUGAAAGCACAGAAUAUUUCAGCAAAUGUUCCACCAGAAUUCGCCCAACUUCGCCAUCUUAAGCAAUUGGACCUCAGCCGUAAUUAUCUCAAUGGUUCAAUACCGUCUCAGUGGGCGUCACUGCGCUUGCUUGGCCUCUCUGUUAUGGGAAACCACUUGUCUGGUCCAUUUCCAAAAGUUCUCACCAAAAUCCCUACGCUUAGGAACCUGAGCAUUGAAGGAAACAGAUUUUCAGGAUCAAUUCCUCCAGAAAUUGGCAAUUUGGUUCAUAUGGAAAAGCUCGUGUUGUCCUCGAAUGAAUUCACCGGAGCUUUGCCACCCACAUUAGCCAAGCUAACCAACUUAACUGAUUUGAGGAUAAGUGACAACAAUUUUACUGGAAAGAUACCAAAAUUUAUCAGCAACUGGACAAAAAUUGAGAAACUGCAUAUACAAGGCUGUUCUCUUGAGGGUCCUAUCCCUUCUGCUAUAUCUUCCCUUACAAGCUUAAUUGAUUUAAGGAUCAGUGACCUAAAAAGUGGAAAAUCUGGUUUUCCACCAUUAGAUAAUCUAGAAUCCAUGAAAGUACUAAUACUAAGGAAGUGCUUAAUUCAUGGUGAGAUUCCUGAAUAUAUAGGGGACAUGAAGAAAUUAAAGACACUGGACCUUAGUUUUAACAGCUUGUCUGGUGAGAUCCCGUCAUCUUUUCUACACCUAUCCAAAGUAGAUUUUAUGUAUUUGACAGGAAACAAACUUACUGGACCUGUUCCUGAGUGGAUAUUAUCAAGAAAUAAGAAUGUAGACGUUUCGUAUAACAAUUUUACAUGGGAAACCACAGCACCUAUUGAAUGCCCGCGUGGAAGCGUAAACUUGGUGGAGAGCUAUUCUGCGUUGGGACAAGAAUCAAACAAAGUUCAUCCUUGCCUGAAGCAUGAUUUCCCUUGUUCAGAACCAACAAAUAAGCAACAGUAUUCUUUGUACAUCAAUUGUGGAGGCAAGGAAGUAUCGAUCAAGAAUGGUACAAGCCGCAAAACAUAUGAAGCUGAUUUAGAAGCCAGAGGUGCUUCUAUGUAUUAUUCAAGACAUAACUGGGCAUUUAGCAGCACAGGAAAUUUCAUGGACAAUGACGUUGAUUCUGAUGUCUAUAUCGAUACCAAUGUCUCUGCCCUGCUUAAUGUCAAGGCUCCAGAAGUUGAACUAUACAAAACUGCACGUGCAUCUCCCCUCUCCCUCACAUAUUAUGGACAGUGUCUAAUGAAUGGAAACUAUACUGUCAAGCUCCAUUUUGCGGAGAUAAUAUUCACAAAUGACACUUCAUUCAACAGUCUUGGAGAACGGAUAUUUGAUGUGUACUUGCAGGAAAAUUUGGUGUUGAAGGAUUUUAACAUUGCAAAAGAAGCUGGUGGGCCGGGGCAGCCCAUUGUGAAAACUUUCACUGCAGCUGUGACAAGCCACACGCUGAAGAUCCAUUUUUACUGGGCAGGAAAGGGGACUACAGGAAUUCCCGUUAGAGGGGUUUAUGGUCCUCUAAUUUCUGCUAUAUCAGUGGAUCCUAAUUUUACACCUCCUUUGCCUGCCGCUCAACGGAGUAAAAUUCAUGUUGGCAUAUUGGCCGGGGCAAUAGCUGGAUCGGUGUUUGUUUUCCUUCUGAUCAUUGGUAUCUUAUAUAAGAGAGGUUGUCUUGGAGAAAAAGUAUCUGCUGAUAAAGAACUUCAAGGACUGGAUCUACAAGCUGGACUAUUUACUCUCAGACAGAUUAAAGCCGCGACAAAGAAUUUUGACCCAGAAAACAAGAUAGGGGAAGGUGGUUUUGGCUCAGUUUAUAAGGGUCUAUUAUCUGAUGGAACAGUAAUCGCAGUGAAGCAACUUUCUUCAAAGUCAAAACAAGGAACUAGAGAAUUUUUGAAUGAAGUAGGCAUGAUAUCUGCAGUACAACAUCCGAAUCUCGUGAAGCUUUAUGGAUGUUGCAUUCAAGGAAAUCAACUAUUGCUAGUGUACGAGUACAUGGAAAAUAACUGUGUAUCUCGUGCUCUUUUUGGCAAAGGCCCAAUCUGCAAAAUGAAAUUAGACUGGCCGACACGAAGGAAAAUUUGCCUAGGAAUUGCAAGAGGUUUAGCAUACCUUCACGAGGAGUCAAGCAUGAAGAUAGUCCACAGAGAUAUCAAGACCAGUAAUAUUUUGCUUGACAAGGACUUCAAUCCUAAAAUAUCCGAUUUUGGCUUGGCAAAGCUACAUGAGGAUGAUAAUACCCAUAUUAGUACGCGGAUUGCAGGAACUGUGGGUUACAUGGCUCCAGAAUAUGCAAUGCGCGGCUACUUAACUAGUAAAGCAGAUAUUUACAGCUAUGGAGUUGUUGCAUUGGAGAUUGUUAGUGGGAAAAGCAAUACAAAUUAUAGGCCAGCGGAAGAUUGUGUUUAUCUUCUUGAUUGGGCUUAUGUUAUGCAAGAGCGCGGGAGUAUAUUGGAAUUGGUUGAUCCAGACUUAUGUUCCAACUACUCAACACAAGAAGCAAUGGUGGUACUAAAUGUUGCACUUUCAUGCACUAAUGCAUCUCCAACACUUAGACCAACAAUGUCUCAAGUGGUAAGCAUGCUCGAAGGCCAAACUCUCGUUCAAGAUGUCCUUUCUGAUCCAGGGAUUUCAACAACCGGUUCAGGAUUCAGAUCGAUGAGAAGUCACUUCUGGCAAACUCAAAGCCUGUCAACUGAUGGUACGCGUACUGAUUCCACUAUCUCAAUUGGAGAUGGAGAAGAAAAUGGUAUACUUCAAAGAGUUGAAUCUUCUGUACUAUCUAAUAAGUAAACAAAAUGUCCGUUAACACAUGUAAGUGUACAUAUGAACAUUUAAAUGUAGAAUGAAUCAUUACUUUAUCCAAAGAGCUGCAGCUUGAAUCUUCA